AUGGCUGAUGAUGAUUCCAUGAGUGAUGAUGAACAACUUGAUAUUCCCGAUAAUACAAAACAUAUAACAUCAAUUCGAUUAGGACAAGUUGAUAUUGAUUGUUGGUUUCAUUCACCAUAUAUUGAUGCUGAAGAUGGUUCAAGUGAAAAAGAUCGUACAAUUGAAAAAUUAUAUAUUUGCGAACAUUGUUUACGUUAUUUUCUUAAUAAUCGAAAAUAUCGACAACAUAUGAACGAAUGUAAUCGACGUUGCCCACCUGGCCGAAAAAUCUAUGAACAUCCCGAUGGUUUAUCAGUAUAUGAAGUUGAUGGAAGUUCAUCACAACUUUAUUGUCAAUGUCUUUGUUUAUUGGCGAAAUUAUUUCUUGAACGAAAAACGAUUUAUUUUGAUGUUAGUCCAUUUCUUUUUUAUGUUCUUGUUGAAUCAGAUAAACGAACAAAAAAUAUGCAACAUAUUAUUGGGUAUUUUUCAAAAGAGAAAUUUAGUGAUGAAUUUUAUAAUUUAGCAUGUUUAAUGGUAUUACCACAUCGUCAACGGCAAGGUUUUGGUCGAUUUUUAAUUGCCUUAAGUUAUGAAUUAACAAAAUUAGAAAAGAAAACAGGUUCACCAGAAAAACCUCUAUCAGCUCUCGGUCAGAUGACAUACAAAAGUUAUUGGCAUUCUACUAUCCUAUCAAAACUUGAAGAAUAUCGUCGUCUACAAAUAAAUAUUACAAUAGCACAACUUAGUAUGGAUACUGGAAUAUGUCUUGAAGAUGUGAUUCAAACUUUAAUUGAUCUUGGUUUAGCACAUAGUGGCAAGUCGACAAAUGAAAUAACUUUAAAACCACAUGAAAUACGUAAUCAACGUCGUCGUCAACAAAAUCAACUUGAUAAUAAUAAUAAUAAUAAUAAUCUUGAAUCAACAUCUUUCUUAAUUAUAAAUGAAGAUGUUUUACGUACAGCUAUAACUCGUUUAUCAACUGAUAAUACAUUAUUAAAAAAUAAUCAAAAUAUCUUUGAUCCAUCUUCUUUACGUUUAAUUAAUCGACGAUAG